CCCACACCCAGCUAGAAGGAGAGACCCACUCGACUACUCUAUGGUGAACUCUACAACGCCCUUAUGUCGCCUAGUAUCAUCAAUAUCAUCAUCAUCAAGCCCAUCAUCCUCACUGCCGCCGCCAUCGCCCUCGCCGCUCUGGGUGCGGCUGGGCAGGGCAAUCCCGCCCGUGGUGCCCUGCCUGUCCCUCCCCCGCCCCCUCGGCUGCAUCUCCUGCAGCAUUCCCUUGUCCUCCUUCAGGGCCACAUACCGCCGCUGACGCUGGCCGUAGCACACGUAGUGCUGACACAAGAUCACACAGCACCAAAAUAUCUGCCAACACAACACAACACAACACACACACACGAGGCACUGAAUGAGUGGAACAAAGUGUGUGUGUGUGUCUGUGUGUGUCAAAUAGGGGUUACUUACCGAUGCUAGGCUGACGGCCAUUUUGGGUAUGUUGCCGAAGACGAAGGAGGAGUCGCCGUAGUGAAGGGCGUCGAGGACGUUCUGCAGCAUCGAGAACAGACCACCGCACAGAUCCAACUGGAUGUGCUGAAUCGCCAUCCCUGUCAGAAAGACACACAGACACGGAUGGUACCUACCGUGUGUCGCCCGCCGCUUGUUUGGCUUGGCACAUCAAUAGGUACUCACCAUGUGUGGAUCUGCGUGUGAAGUUGAGCUUCACUUGGGGGAUGUACUUGAUCACCGUAAUGCCCGCCUUCACCAGACCUGCACACACACACAAAAGACACACACACAGGGGAUGUUCCCUCCACUCGCCCAUUCCCUGCAGGUAUUCCGUCCCCUCCCUCCCCCAAGCCGCCCACCAAGGUAGGUGACGACGCUGUAUGUCUGCCAGGCGACCUUCUCCCUCCCCUGCGUCAGCGGCGUCAGGUCCACCCACGGCAUCACGCCCCCAAAAGCCAGCAGGGAUUGGAACACAAGUCCCGCAAACAUGAGGAAGCACAGCAGCAGGCACGUCCUCGAGUGGAUCUGCCCGCCCCGGUGCAGCGACUGUAUCUGCAUCUCAAUCAGCAUCGUGGCCGCCAUGCUGUGGCACGCGAAGAAGACGUCAUGCGGUUCCACGGCUGACGGCAGGGCGUAUCGCGUCUCGAGGAAGAAUGACGAGACCGUGUAGAGGCUGUAGGCCGAGUAGCCCACGACGUUGUAGAAGUUGAGGUCCAGGCUGUAGCCCUCCACGCUCUUCCGCUGGUGGUUCAGUAUCACCUGGGGGUAGAAACAGACCGUCCAGCAGAAGACGUACGCCACACCACACAGGAAGGACAGCACCCCCAAGACGCUCGAGAACUGACCCCCAGCCGUCGCGUCGCCUUCGUCAACACCCCGCAGCAGUGGCGCCAUGUACGCCUUCACCGUCGACACCCCUUCACCCGACUUGGACCGCACCUUGUAGAAGGCCCGCCACUUCUGCCCCGUCACAAUCACCGGCAGGUUGGCCUCCUGCCGCCUCAGGCGGCCAGCAAACAUCACUCCAGCCACACAGCACUUGAAGUCCGGCUCAGUCGUCAUCAGCUCUCGGCAGGAGAAAGCAAGAGGGGCCUCGCCGGUGGUGGUGCGUGCCACAUUAAGUGUGAGCAGCCAGGAGGUCUCUCUGACAGCCACGAUAACACGGCCGGUCAGCCCGUCGCCCGGGAUGGCGUCGAUUGCGUCCAGCUGCAGGCCGCUCACGCCGGGCGGUAUCUUGCCGAUGUGCCAGGCGAUCUCCUUGUCGCACGUCGAUACGUUGAACCUCUGCAGGUACUGCAGGGUCUCGGCGUCGAGCACGUGGAUGCUCUCCGACCGAUUGGUCAGCAGCACAUAGCGGCCGAAGUGCGUAAGGCCCCAGGGGCCCUUGCUGAUGCCCUGGGUGACUUGUGCCGACAGCGGGGCGUUCGAUGUGACGACAGGGUGUGCCGGGGGGAGAGGGACUGUCACGAGCUCAGCGAUGGGGGGCUCGGUAGCGGUGGCGUUGUCGGCUCUCUGAGGUAGCGUGAUGACGGCGAUCUCCGACCAGUUGCUUGGCGAGAGGGUCAGCCCCCUGAGGGUCCAUCCAGCGGGAAAGGCCACCUCCUGCACCAUGCGGACGUCCAGCGCCUUCUUGCCGCCCUGCUGCCUCAUCCGCCAGACGAAGAGCUUGCCGUCCUCUGUGCUGUUGCCUGCAAUGGAGGUCUCGAUGAAGUGCGUGUCGUUGAUUCGGGCGAGGCCCUGCGUGUUGGCGUCGGUGCGGUGGGUGAGGGACUUGCCCUCGACGCGCAGAUGGAAGAAAGGCUCCUGACAGGGAGGACACACACAGACAUCCAUCCAUCCAGCCACCCACGAGCAGUGUUCCACCCACUUCGGCCUCCCACCUUCUUGUCGGUACUCUUCUUGCUCGUUCGUUGCAGCAGCGCCUUAGCCUGUGCCGCGUGCACCUGCUCCAUUAUAGCUGUCGUCUGCGUGCCGUCGAAGACCCUCUCGCCAGCACCCUUCAAGUUGCUCUGAUCAUCAGCAUCAUCGCCAUCAGCAUCAUCGCCUCGCUGUGACCGGGCGAGGGCCGCAGCGAGAGCAACAGCAGCGAUGCACAACAGACAUGACGUGAGGCGCAUCUGCCGCCGCGGCGGCAUCCGUAACCGCCAGUGACUCAUUCUUCCGCUGCACUUCGUUGACAAGUGCUGAACCGCAUAGAUUUCGACGGAUCUUGGCCCUGCUGCUCGCCUGUUAGUCCAGUAUGCCGUUCUUCGGCCAAGAGAGGCUCCGAUCUCUCUG